AUGUUAUCUUCAAACUACCAUUUUUGUUCACUUUGUGCCAAGCCACAACCAAACUACACAUUUCGAAAGCUAUUUAAACAUAUACGCUAUUUUCAUCUCGGCGAGCCUAAUUUUAAAAUUCGAUGUGAACUUGGACCGACAUGCGGAACAACAUAUUCCACAUUUGGUGCUUAUAAGACGCACAUAUACCGAGAACAUUCACUUCUUCUCGAUGAACAGCAAUCAUCACAGUUAAUAUCGUCGUCUGCACAAGAUCAUGAUGAUGAUGCAUCAUUUUCAGCAUCAUACGAUACACAACCAUGUUACGACAUCGGCGAUAGACAAGAAGAAAAAGAGGAAGAAGACAAAGAAGAACAAGAAAGAAACAAUGAAAACAAUAUUUCUUGGCCAUUGUUUACGAGAAAGAUCAAUUGGCGAUCGGACAGCCAAGUGAACCUGGAUAAUUUUCAAAAAUAUUAUUUACGUUUUUUGUUAGAACUUCGAGAGGGCCAUUCAUUACCCCAGAAUAUUAUACAAGCAAUUACAUCUGAAUUAAUCGCUUUGAUUGAAAUCGUUCAUGAGCUGAUAAAAAAACAAAACAAA